AGUACUUUGCUAACUGUCAUCGCCUUCGCAGUCGUUGAUAUUGGUGCCGACAACGAAUCACCGCCACCAUCGGCCAACUCGUCCGCGUCCGUUGUCUACCUGUACUUUUAUUACGAUUAUUAUUGCACUCAACACUCAAAAGAUUUAAUUAUAGGGACAUUUUCUUGUUUGCAUUUUUCUAUUCAAGUGGUUUAAAAGAGUGAAGCAUUUUCAUUGCUUUAUUUUGGAGCAUUCUGCGUUGCCACUGAAGUGAACGAAAUUUUCAUAUUUCCUCUUUCCAAAAUUUUAGUAAAAUUGCAUUUCCUUGUUUUCCAAGUUGGUCGAAAUAUUGUGAAAAAGUGCAGUGAUAUUUGUGGAGUACACAUUCGUUAGCAUCAAUACCUACGCGACGUCUGAAUACUGCCAACGCAAUGCAGAAUAUUGAAUAAAAAUUAAGAUAUCUUGAUGAAACAUGGUACACAUGUUCCAUAUAACCACCAUAAGAACUUUGGUAUUAUAGAUGAGCAUAAUCGGACCACUGCGAUGCCCACAAACCGUCAUUAAUCGAAAACACAUAAAAUGCCAUAACUGAGCCUUAAUUAAGGUAUAAACCUGUAAGUUGGUACGGGGAAUUGCAUUGGGGAGAGCCAUCUAUGAUUGAAAAAAAUUGUUUAAAGUGCCCAUGUACCCGCCAUCUUACAAGAAUAUAGAAUACAUAUUUUUGACUCUUCCUUCGACAGUGUGAAAAUGAAUGAAAUCGGAUGAUAACCUGGCCCCUCCCCAUUUAACGGUUUUGUUAAAAACUACUAAAAGUGCGAUAAAUCAAUAACUGAAUGCGCCAGAGACAUUAAACUUUACAUCCAGGAUGUUACAGGAGCCGAUGGGCAUGGUACUGCCCUCAAUUAUGUGAAUCACAUAUUUCCGGAACUACUUGACCAAUUCGGUAUAUAACAUUAUCCUGACGAUCCUAUGUUACAAAUGGGCGAAACCGGACUACAAUCACGCCUACUUCCCAUUAAGCCAUUUCCAGUUUACAAAUCAAGCACCAAAGAACAGGACCAGCACCUGGGGAUUAUAAAUGCUCAAGAUGGAAAUUGAAGUGGGGAAUCCCACAACACCCCCAACAACAUAUAGCGAAAAUGCCAAAAAUUUCUUCUCGUUUCACUGGAAGGGUUUGGUCGUAUUCCUAACACCACUCCUUGCCCUCCCUGUCAUGCUGAUGGACAACACGCCCGCAUAUCGUUGCAUGUAUUUGCUCUUGGUCAUGGCAGUUUAUUGGGUUACUGAGGCACUGCCACUUUAUGUCACCUCUAUGAUCCCAAUAGUCGCUUUUCCCAUUAUGGGAAUAAUGAGCUCCGAUCAGACGUGUCGAUUAUAUUUCAAGGAUACCUUAGUGAUGUUUAUGGGUGGCAUUAUGGUGGCACUUGCAGUCGAGUAUUCAAAUUUACAUAAACGUUUGGCAUUACGAGUUAUUCAGUUGGUUGGUUGCAGUCCAAGAAGAUUACAUUUUGGCCUUAUUGCGGUAACAAUGUUUAUAUCGAUGUGGAUUUCCAAUGCUGCCUGCACAGCAAUGAUGUGUCCAAUUAUACAAGCUGUUUUGGAAGAACUUCAAGCGCAAGGAUUAUGUAAAAUGACACAGGAACCUAAAUAUCAGAUUGUCGGAAAGAAGAACAAUACCGCAGAAGAAGAACCACCAUAUCCAUCGAAAAUGACAUUGUGUUACUUUUUGGGCAUCGCUUAUGCUUCCUCUAUGGGAGGAUGUGGCACAAUUAUUGGCACAGCAACAAAUUUAACUUUCAAAGGCAUCUAUGAUGGUCGUUUCCCAACAUCUACGGAACAAAUGGAUUUCCCAACAUUCAUGUUCUAUUCAGUACCCUCAAUGUUGGUAUACACAGGCCUAACAUUCGUUUGGCUGCAAUGGCACUUUAUGGGAUUGUUCCGUCCAAAAACCAAAGAAGCUGAGGAAGUUAGAAUGGGUCAGAAUGGCGCCGAUGUUGCCAAAAAAGUUAUCGAUCAACGUUACAAGGAAUUGGGUCCAAUGAAAGCGCAUGAAAUACAAGUUAUGAUACUUUUCAUCUUCAUGGUUGUUAUGUAUUUUACACGUAAACCCGGAAUUUUCCCGGGUUGGGCGGACUGGCUGAACGCAAAAGAUAUUCGUAAUUCAAUGCCAACGAUAUUUGUAGUCGUCAUGUGCUUCGUUUUACCAGCAAAUUAUGCUUUCCUACGUUAUUGUCUAUGCAAACGUCCGUUCACUACUGCUCCCACACCAUCAUUGGUUACCUGGAAAUUUAUUCAAUCAAAAGUACCGUGGGGUCUUAUUUUCUUGCUUGGUGGCGGUUUCGCACUCGCUGAGGGUAGCAAAGUCAGCGGUAUGGCAUCCAUGAUUGGCAACGCCCUGGUUGUGUUAAAGAGCCUUCCCCACCCCGUUCUCCUGUUGGUAGUGAUUUUAGUGACUGUAUUUUUGACAGCGUUCAGCUCUAACGUAGCCAUCGCAAAUAUUAUUAUUCCCGUGUUAGCUGAAAUGUCAGUGGCAAUUAAAAUUCAUCCUCUGUACUUGAUAUUGCCUGCUGGUCUUGCCUGCAGUAUGGCAUUCCAUUUGCCAGUGAGUACACCGCCUAAUGCACUGGUUGCCGGCUACGCAAAUAUUAGAUCAAAAGACAUGGCAAUCGCUGGUAUUGGCCCAACAGUCAUCAGUAUAGUCGUAUUGUACGUUUUCAGUCUCACGUGGGGUGCGGUGGUGUACCCUAACUUGAAUUCAUUUCCCGAUUGGGCGAUCACACCGGUUUUAAAUGCAACAACACAUUAAUCGUCUGAACUGCCUUUUGGGUAUAGAAUUUAUAGUGUGCGAUGUAUAUUAUGUAAUAUUUCAAAAGUCAAAUAUACAGAAUGUAAAGUCAUUAAGUAACUGAAAGAAAGUAAAUAAGUACAGAAAGCAUUAGCCUCUGCUACCGUAUAAACAAAAGUGCCUGCAUUUUGAUGCCUCUUCACGAUAACUAUGAAAAUAAUCCUUAGACAAACUAAGUUAAUACCGAUUACGCUAACAAUUUUGAAUGUGAGAUUUUCAAGUUCUUAAGUUCAGAUAAAACAAAUCGAUAUCCAAAUUCAUAAAAGUAAAUUUUGAUGUAAACGCAUUGUAAAAAAUAUUUCCCUACAAAUUUGCCACUCACAAAGCAAUUAAAUAUAUAUUAAGUAUAUUUUAUGAAUUUGGAUACUUAAAUCAAAGUUAAACUCAUACCGAUAUUUACAUAUAUGUAUGUAUAUUUAAUAUUAUUAUAUAAUAUUGUAUAUGUAUGAAAAAGUUGUUCUGAUAUAUCUACAUUCAGUUUUUAAAUCAAAAAAGAACAACGUCAACAAAUUGUGACUUCUGAAAACCUCAUAUCAAUGUAACUUAUGCGUUUACACUGCAUUUACAGUAGAAGGAAUUGAAAGUACGAAUAGUUUUAUAAAUAAUAGUCAAAUGUAAAAAUAUAGAACAGAAAAUAUACAAUAUUUACAUUUUAUAUUAAAAACUAAGGGAUCUUGGAAUUGACAACAUUCAACAAAUCUACUAAUAUAUUGGCAAUAUAUACAUAUGUAUGUGCCUGUUGGAAAUAUUUAUAUGUAGACUGUAUAUGUAUAUAAAAACAGACUGACAAAUUGUCAUAACCUCUAUUUCCAAUUGAAGAAAAGAAUGGUGCAAAAGAGUGUAAAAUUGGAAGAUAUUUGUUGUAGUGCACAUAAAAUUAUUUUAUUUUCGCACAUGAUUAUUUUAUUUUCGCACAACAUUGUACUUAUACAUCUUUGUCGAAAAGUGUUAAUUUGUAAGUAUUGUAAUCGUUAUACCAUAUAUUCAGUCCGAAUAUUAAACAUCAAAUAAAUGCACAAAAAUUUGC